AUGCGCGAGGGCAAGUCAAAGCCGUCCUAUGUCACGAACCCGGAGGGAAAAGCAGGCAAAGGAAACGUGGUGAAGUGGACAGACAACAAGAAAGAGCACAGAUACGUCAAGUACAAUGACAUUGGAUACUGGUUGGCCUGGAAGAGGUUGCUCGGCGUGUCCAAGAAGCGGGGCCGAGACCAACUUCUUCACGACUGGUGGCACGCCGUCGCCGAAGCUCGUCAGCAUGGUCGGGUGGCACCAACUCUAAGCUCAGUCAUCGACACGGAGGAAGGGCCAGCUGCGAUCGUCAGACGGGCCCCUAGCUUCAGCUACAUGAAGCACCUUCAGCGUGGGGCGGAGAGCGCUUGA